CUGCAAGUUCAAGAAACUGCUUUUCUCAUGUUAGUUGGUUUCCCUCUAGAUUGGUUUAUGGUUUGCAAGCUCAUUUUUUGGGUCGUACUCCAACAUUUUUUUUUUUUUUUUUUUUAAGAUUAUGAGCAGUUUCUGGGGCGUCCUGGUAAUUAAAAUGUAUACCAUAUAACUGCAGUGUCCCUCGAUAAAUUCAUAUCCCUUUCUUUCCUGCCCUCUAUUUCCUCUGCAUCUCUCUACGAUAUUUAAUAACAGCAAAAUGCCCCCAGAAAGUAAUAACUUGUGAUUUCACAUGACGUGACAAUACUAUAAUACAACAAUAAUUUGAUCUUUGUAGAAGUCAAAUUGUGAUAAUGUAGAUAUUUAUUAAGGACUUUAAUGCUUAAUGAAACGUAUGCAUGUAUUUAUAUAUAAACAGUAGUGUAUCCAUAGAAAAUACAUUGGGGUUCCAUGUUCUUAUUUAUGCAAAUUAGCUGUUUGUUGACAUGGUUCCAGGUUCUGAUGUCACAGUGUGCAUGUUCUAGAUGUUUGGUCCCCGGAAGAGAAAGAUUUCACUUUUCUUCUGUUCCUCGAACUGACAGCACGUUUAUCAGUACUUCUUACAUUUCUUCACUCAAUUUGUUUAAAAAAAACAAAAAUGUGGCAACAUCGUGCAUUUAAAGAGGACCAGGUCAGGUUCACUCUGCCAGCCCUGUCCAACAGCAGCCUGCUGACCAGCAGACCGCAGCUUCAGAGCAGCAACGUGCUGAAACUCAAAGAGGAAAUCGUCUGUAAUCUGGGUGAAGAUGUUUCACGGAUCCCCUCUGCCACUCAUAGCACCAUGAGGCAUCUCAGCUCUCGGCAUACAGAGGUCAGCCAGUGGCAGGCCCAGAUAUCUGAGAGCAUUGGGCGUGUGAACCGGGAAAUCUCUGCUGUGGAGCUGGUGAAAAACACAGCUGAGUGCUACCUCCAGGAGAGGCAGCUGUACAGUCAGCUCAUGAGCAACUGUGUGGCGCUCCAAAAAAGUUUGGGCACAUCGGUCCUGACUCAGGACCACAUCCUUAUUCAGCUCAAGAAAGAAGAGCAGCUUACCAGUGAGACCAGAGAGCUGCUCCAGAAGCAGAUCUGCAGCCUGCUCCACAAACUGAGCACUCUGAAGGAGAUCCGCACUCAGCUGCUGGCCGAUUUUCAGGACAAGGGUGAAGCCAUAAAGCUUACCACCAAAUGCAUCACCCAUGAGGUCAACACCCCGAGCUCCCAGCUCCCUGCCGGUCAAUACAAGCCCAACCAUGUGACCUAUGACAAGUGGCUGUCCCACUGCAGGGACCUGAGGCUGACGGCUGACAAUUUGAUUAAAGACUCUUCUACCUUAAGGGGAAACCUGCGGUUCACCAUAGCUAAUCUGAAAAAUGCCCAAGAACGCCAGCGCCGCAGCACAGACGACUGUCUGAGGAAGAAGAUCAAUGAGCUGAGCAGGUUCCAGGACAUGAUGAUCUGGGAGAGGCAGCAGAUAAAGGGUGAGAUUUCUGAUCUGACCAAUGACAUACAGAAAGUGACAGGUCAGAUCAGGAACUGUGACUCCAAGCUGCAUCAGGCCACCCACCGCCUGGACAUCCUCAACCAGAGACCAAGACAUGAGCUCUGCCUGGACCAGCCCCACUUCAGCCUCACACUGGAGAAAUAUGACCUGACAAAGAUGGCAGCCGGACUUCACCCAGUGCUGAAGCAGUCCCAGCAGGAACUGGGACUCACACGCAGGCGUCUGAUGAUUCUGGAGGACAAACUGGCCAAAAAUGCUCAUACCCUGGAUGUGGAGCAGAAGUGCCAGAACCUUCACCAGAGUUUCCUGCCUACACUCGACACCAUUGUGGUCCUGGCCAACAAGCCACAGAUCCCCUCAACCAUGGGCCGCUCCAGCCCUCACGCCUACCUACAGUAGAGCUUGGUGGAGUGCUUUAGCACUUUAUUGCACCCCUGUUGUCUUUUCCAUGUGGUGUUGCAAAAAUUAAUAAAAUAUCUCAUUGCAAACUAAUAUUGGCUUGUUGAGAAUCAGUAGUCUUCUGGUGGGGAUAAAGAUAUACGUUUUUCAAGAUAACUGAACUCUGCUUUGUAACUUUAGCCAUGCACCCAAAACAUCAAAAAAUUACAAAAAAAAGUUUCUGAAAAAAAAUUAAAUCAUUGCAAACACUGAUUUAAAGAUGGAUCAUAUUAAGUUAUAUUAAACAGGCCUUUGUUAAGCACUCUGUUUGGAUGCUGCUGCACUUUGAUGGUACAGUUUAUCUGUUUGCACAAGUUUUCAGGAGUUUUGAGGCUGUUCCCUUUGAAUAUUGAAUUCUUUAGCAAAUUUCUGGUCAUAAUUCAGAUACUUUUGUCUCCUUGGUGUUCUGUUUGUUCUCAAAAACACUAGCAAAGUGCUGAUGGACGGGGGAAUAAUAAACUU